AAUUCAAAGGAGGAUGGGAGAAGAAGGCAUUUUGAUUCUUAUCCAAAUUGGCUGUUGUCCCGUCUUUAUUUGCAGACACGAUCUCCUCCAUGAUUACAGAGAGCCCGUUCCAGUUCUAUCCUUUCAUACAAUUAUUGGAUUUAUAAACUUUUUUCUUCUUGUUUUCAUAUGGAUGAUGUUAAAUAUAUCACUAAUCUAGAGUAGCGAUCCAUUUGCGAACCCUAACCUAAUCGCACAAUCAUUGAUCAAGAGAUCAAUGGCUAAAUCUGUCCGAGAGAAUAUGAAAUUUAGCUAUUCAAACAACGAAGUUUGAUACUUAAUUCUUUGUAAAAAGAUUUCAAAAAGUCUGGGAGAUAGAGAAGAAAUGAACGGCUUCGUGUCAAUUUUGUUUGUAGUGAGGGCUGGUGAGACAAGUGUCCUGUAAACUGAAUUUUACGCUCCCAAAUUUCCAUUGGUUCGGCUUCGCUUCAAGCUGGAGAGAGAUAGCGAGGGAAGAAAACAAAAUUGUCCGUGUUUUCUUUUUGGAAAUUUUCUGUUUGUUUUGGGGAUUCUGUUACCUUCAAUGAUCCGAGGCUUCGAAGGGGAAAUCCGCCGCUGCAAAAUCCCCAUUUCUGUAGCAUUUGAUCAUCUUGAUUCAACCGUAGUCCUCUUGCAUUUGCUGGUUCUUUGUGGUUUGCUGUUCGAUUGAAUCCCCUAUCCUUUUUAAUCUUGGGUUUUCGUUCAGCUCCCGUAAUUUCGAUUCGGCUAUUUUUCAAUUUCUCUCUUGCAACUUCCUUCAAUUCCCUGUAUCAGAAGCUGUAGCUUGAUUUCUAGUUUCAAGAGGCAGUCGAUUUCCCCUUCAAGAGUUCGAGUUUUAGCUUCUGUAGGUCGUUGAAUACUCGAUUUUACUGGGUUUUACGACGCUGACUCUGAGUUUAAGUCACUUGCGUGGCUUUGUUCCUUGUAAACGAUGACGCUCACGCUUGAAUCGCUGCCUGGAAGCUCUGGGUACUUGGAUAUCUACCCUGAGAGGAAAAUGUAUUAUUUUAAGAAUCCUUACGUGCUUGGAUUAACGGUGGUUGCUGGUAUUGGUGGGUUGCUCUUUGGCUAUGAUACAGGUGUGAUAUCCGGAGCUCUUCUUUAUAUUAAAGAUGAUUUUGAGGCCGUCAGAAACAGUAGUUUCCUUCAGGAAACAAUUGUGAGUAUGGCUUUGCUUGGUGCAAUUGCUGGAGCUGCUGCUGGGGGUUGGAUUAAUGAUGUUUAUGGACGGAAGAAGGCAACCCUUCUUGCUGAUGUUGUAUUUGUACUUGGUGCUGUUGUAAUGGCUGCAGCUCCAGAUCCAUAUAUUCUUAUAGCAGGACGAUUCCUAGUUGGAAUUGGCGUGGGCGUGGCAUCUGUCACAGCUCCAGUAUACAUUGCAGAAUCAUCCCCAUCUGAAAUAAGAGGUGGACUGGUCAGCACUAAUGUGCUAAUGAUAACUGGUGGACAGUUUCUCUCCUACCUCAUAAACCUUGCUUUUACCCAGGUCCCCGGAACAUGGCGUUGGAUGCUAGGAGUUUCCGGUGUUCCAGCUGUGAUUCAGUUUGCUUGUAUGCUUUUUCUGCCAGAGUCUCCGAGAUGGCUCUUUAUGAAGGGUGACAAAUCCAAAGCCAUUUCUGUUCUCUCUAAAAUUUAUGAUUUUCCUCGUUUAGAAGAUGAGAUUGAUUAUCUUUCUUCUCAACUCGAGGAAGAACGGCGUAAAGUGAAAAACAUAAGCUACUUGGAUGUGUUCAAAGCAAAAGAGAUCAGACUUGCGUUUUUAGCUGGGGCUGGACUUCAGGCAUUUCAGCAGUUCACUGGUAUCAACACAGUCAUGUACUAUAGCCCAACUAUCGUCCAGAUGGCUGGCUUUCGUUCCAACGAGUUAGCGCUCCUUCUAUCCCUCAUUAUCGCUGCCAUGAACGCUGCUGGAACGGUUCUCGGAAUCUACCUGAUCGACCACGUCGGGAGGAAGAAGCUUGCCAUUUCAAGCUUAUCUGGCGUUAUAGUAUCACUUGCCAUUCUCUCUGGGGCAUUCUUUGUUGGUCAAUCUGGUUCAACAAAUGGUCUAGAUGGAUGGAUUGCAGUAAUUGGAUUAGCUCUCUACAUUGCUUUCUUUGCCCCUGGGAUGGGACCGGUGCCGUGGACCAUGAACUCUGAGAUAUAUCCCGAGGCUUAUCGAGGGAUCUGUAGUGGCAUGUCAGCAACAGUCAAUUGGGUUUCGAAUUUGAUUGUGGCUCAAACGUUUCUUUCGCUCGCUGAAGUAGCUGGAACUGGCCCAACUUUCCUCAUCCUUGCAGGCAUAGCUGUGCUCGCAGUUCUGUUCGUUGUCAUGUACGUUCCCGAGACGCAGGGACUCACGUUCGAGGAGGUGGAGAGGAUUUGGAAGGAGAGGGCUUGGGGAAGGGAUUCUAAUACCGAAAGCCUUCUUGGUUGAGCAGGAAAACUGAGUAAAUGGGAGAUUGUGAUAUAUAUGUGGGAAGGACUUCAUGGAUAUGAUGAUGGAGACAGAUUUGUAUGUUUUAAUAAGAAUAUGCUUCAGAUUGAUUAAGGCAGCUUCUCCAAAGUGAGGAAAUAAGGUGUUCUUCAUUUGGAAAGCUUGACGGUGUUUCUGUAAACUCAAUUAAGAGGCAUUUCAAUCGUGAGAUCUCGUAUCGGUUGGAAAA